AUGUCUCUUAUUGAUUAAUGAAAAAAAUAAAAAAUUAAAUUAAAAAAUUUGAAACGGAUAUUUUGAGACGGAGAUCGUAAUACUUUACAAUUAAAUUUGAAAAAUCUCACCUUAUACACGAACCAGAUCACCAUCAUAACCCUGUUCGUUGCACACUUCUCGUUUUCUUCUCUCCUUCUUUUGUCGUCACAUUCCAAAACUUCUCCAAUAAAUAGGAAUACAUUCCACCACUUUCCAUCUAUCCAUAAACAUUCACACGCUAUCCUUUUUCUCCAAUUAACUACCCAAAUUAUUCUAGAACAAACACUUCAAGUCCAUGGCUUCUUCUUCUUCUUCUUCUUUUCUUCUCUCCACUUCAAUCACCAGCUCCAAACUCUCCUCCGCCUCUCCACCGCCGUGCUCCGUCACCUUCCACAGCCGUCCAUUCUCAGUCUCCGCCGCGUACACCACCGCAGACAGAGCUACUACUAGUAGUACUAGUACUACCUCUACAAUUGGAACUCCGACGUCGUUGUACGAAGUUUUGGGGAUACAAACAGGAGCUAAUUUUCAUGAAAUUAAAUCUGCUUACCGGAAAUUAGCUAGAGUUUUGCAUCCGGAUGUAGUUAAAUUGCAGCAGAAUUCGUCGGCGGAGGAGUUUAUUAGGGUUCAAUCAGCUUAUGCUACUCUUUCCGACCCGGAAAAACGUGCUAAUUAUGAUCGGAAGUUGUUUGGAAGUAGAAUUGCAAGACCUGUUGUCUCGUCGGCCGGAGGUCGGAGUCAUUAUCCUGUUCGCCGGAGAUGGGAAACCGAUCAGUGUUGGUAGCUCGAUUAGUUCAAAUCCGUGCAUAAAAUUAUCUCAGAUUGAUUAAGGAUGAAAGAAGCUGAAAGUAUCAUAAUUAGACUGAUUAAAAGUUUUAGAUUAUUUGAUAGGUCUACUAGUUGAGAAUUUGUACACUACAUGUAAAUGUGGAUUUGUGAAUAUACUACUUUUAUUCACUUUUGUUUAUGUUGUUUGGGUUUAAGAUAAAUAAUCAGACGAAGUUUUUGAGGUC